ACUCUUUAGUCGCGAGCUCCUCCUCUAGCGCACAACAAGCUCUGCACGACCCGGCUCGUUUUUUCAACUGCGUCACUUGUUUCGUCGGCAUGGCGUGCUCCAUGGUGAAGAGGUGCUUAAGUCCUCUUGGUCUGAUCAACAGGAGGCUUUCUGCGCCGGAGUUCAAAGCCCAGUGUUGCUAUCACCAGAAGGUGGUGGACCACUAUGAGAACCCAAGAAAUGUUGGCACACUCAACAAGAACUCCAAGAACGUUGGGACUGGCCUGGUGGGUGCUCCUGCCUGUGGAGAUGUAAUGAAGCUUCAGAUUGAGGUGGGUGACGAUGGGAAGAUUGUGGAUGCCAGAUUCAAGACCUUUGGCUGUGGCUCUGCCAUUGCCUCCAGCUCUCUGGCUACGGAGUGGGUGAAGGGCAAAUCUAUUGAUGAAGCCUUGACGAUUAAGAACACUGACAUUGCCAAAGAGCUGAGUCUUCCACCGGUUAAACUUCACUGCUCUAUGCUUGCAGAAGACGCCAUCAAGGCUGCCCUAUAUGACUAUCGUCUCAAGCAAGACAACAUCCAGCAGGAGACGAUGAAGGCCUAUAAUUGAAGAGCCAUCCCAUGUAGUCCUGGACAUCCCGAUACUGCUCUGUAACUGCCAAGUGGAAGUUUAGCGGUAGUUAUGGCUUCCCCCUGCACUAUCUUUUGUUAAUGUCACACCCUUAAUGUGUUCAGGACAUGUUUAUUCCAGAAAAUACAUAGAUGGCACAAUGUCACUCCAGGCAUUCCAUGCUUCUCCAACCUUACUACUUUAGCCUGUCAUGUAAACGCACAAUGUUAAGCACUGACUGGGUGAUCGGUAUAAAGUCAAGCCUUAUUUUCAAGAGUUAUUAAUGCAGUAUUACGGUGGGAAUUUGUUUCCAGUGUGUUUUUUGAAUGCAGUGGUAAAAGGAUUGAUGAAAACUAAGGCUGUCUUAAAGUAUGCUAAACCCUGAGCACCAUCUAUAUCGAUAUGCAAUGGAGAAACUUGUUUCAAACCAUGAAAUGGUUUAAUGGUUGAUUGUUACUGUUGUAUUUUAGAAGUACUUCCCUUGUCAACCUGCAAUAAAAACAGUCUGUGUGA